AUGUUGUAUAUAAAUACUUAAUUUGUAGUUCCACUAUAAAGAUAACAAUCUUUAUAAAUAGCGAAUGUUGUUCCUAAUAUGUAAGUGCAUGUAGUUGCAGCAUUGAAUUCAUCAAAAUAAACCUUCAGAUGUAAAUUUUACUCCUGAUUAAAGCAUUUCCUAACAGGUAAUAUAUAAGGCUUCCCUGGUGCUCCUAAAUCGCAAUCUAUUAGAGAGGUAGAAUGUUAUUUACUUUAGCAAUAAAAGUCUAUACAUGAGCUAUGAAAGCACAUUUUUUCUAAUUGCGUAAAUUUUGCUUAAACCAUAUUUUUAUUUAUCAGAAUCAUAAGUGGUUGGAAAUACAUAUGAAUCACAAACACCAACAUCCUUACAUUAAGUCGGAGCUCCUCCUGCUUUACAAUACAUUAUUUUAUCAGGUAAAUAAAAUGAUUAACAAAAUUCUACCUCUAAAGCUGCUGAUAACCCUAAAUCUGUAUGUACUUUAUUGAUACAGUCAUUAGUUGCAAAUACACCUGUUUCUGAUGCACAACAUUUAGUAUAAUUUUAGAUACGUCCAGUAAUGUAAUUAUCACAAUCUCUUUAACUAGUAAGUGAAGGGAUAUCUGCACAUAUUGCACCAUUAAAAACAAUAAUGAAUGUUGUAGCUGUAUUUAUACAGAAUUUAUUACUAUCUUUGGUUGGUUGG